AUGGAGAACACGAGUUACAAAAAGGAUCAAGUGUUCAUCAGUUUCCGGGGAAGAGACGAGCGUUUCGGAUUCUUAACUCAUCUCAAACAGAAGUUGAUUGAUGGCAAUGUGAAUGUGUUCACGGACGACAAUGUGACAGGACAGCCGCUCCAGAAUCUCUUCGGACACAUCCGAAACUCUAGGAUCGCGAUUGUGAUCUUCUCCGAGAACUACGCUGAGUCACACUGGUGUUUGGAAGAGCUUGUGGAGAUUAAGAAAUGUUUGGAGACGGAGAAGCUUAGUGCAGUCAUACCAAUCUUCCAUAAGGUGCAGGUUUCAAGCGUUAGGGAACAGAGCGGAAUCUUUGGGGAAAAGUUUCUGGCUUUGCAAAACUCUUUGCUUGCUAAAGAAGUCACCGCGAAGAAGAUUAGGCGUAUUAAUUCCAAGAUCAAGAAAUGGAGAAAAGCGUUAGAGAUCGUCACUGGGAUGGCUGGAUUGACUUAUGACAAUAAUAGUCCUGAAUUGGCUUUCGUGGACAAAGUCGUUGAAAAAGUUAAUAUAAAUCUAGCCAAUAUUGCAGCAGGGGAAGGGCGUAAUACUACUCCAGGAACUAGUAAGACAUCACUAGGAAAUCAAUCAAACCACAUUAUUUAUAAUGUCCAUCAGUUAAACAUUAUCCAGCAUCAUCGUUCAAAGAGCUUGGGAGUUCUGAGUCCGAGCUAUAAUCCUGAAGGGGACACCGAGAGUAAUGAUUUGAAGCCUUUGUCUCGUGCUAUUAGACGCACCGUCUCAGAUCUUGACUAUAGAGAUCAAGUUGGCCUUUCUCCUUUUGAAAGGGUCAUGGUUCAAAAGAACGCUGAGAUACCCACAGUUGACGCAGUCAUGGCUCAAGAGCAGGCCGAGAUAUCCACAGUUGAAGCGGUCAAGGUUCAAGAGCAGGUCGAGAAUCAACAGAGCAUUGAAAAUGUCCCGGAAAAAAAGAAGAGGUGGCCCAACUUGCCUUUCAUAUCAGCUUUGUUGGUGGGAGCUCUGUUUGUGUCUUACAUGGUGCGGAGGAAAAGACGAUCUAAAGGAACCGCAGAACUGAACCUUCCGUUGCAAGCAACUGCGAACCUGUUUUAGUUGACUUGUUUCUCAAGCAAAAUCCUUUGUUCUGCCGUCUUGAGAUUUGCACUCAUACUGAUUUUACAUUGAUGUAG